AUGGACGCAGGAUUGCUAAUCCGUGUCUACCAAACGUUGAUCGGGAUCGUUGGUGUCGUUGGCAAUGGGCUCGUUUGUCUUGUCAUCUACCGUGUCUCCUCCAUGCACACCACGACCAAUGCUUUCAUCUUCAACCAGGCCGCAAUCGACUUGCUCGGGUCUCUAGUCAUGGCCGUACGGAGCAACAUGCCCGCUCUCCCCGUUCCCGUUCCUGGUGGUAUAGUCGGCUACCUUCUCUGCAAGAUUUACAAUGCCUACGCAGUUCAGUUUUCGUUGUUUGAUGCAUCGACAUAUAACCUAAUGACAGUCACAUUGGAGCGCUAUGUAGCCAUCGUCUAUCCUUACACUUACCCUAGAAUCUUCGGAAAGCGCAAAGCAGUGGCAGCAUUUCUAAUAGCUGGAUGGGUUCUUGGAUUCGUCGUGUCUUGCACGGCCGCCGCUGUGAUUAACUACCAUCACAAUGGGUACUGCGCUCGGCAGACUGGCUCGGGCGCUUUGGGUGUAGUUGUGGCCAUGGUGAAUUUCUUCAUCCCUUCGCUGGUGAUGCUGGUAUCGUACAUACACAUCACAGUCGUCCUCAAGAGAAGCGCCGACCAAGUGGCUCCCGGUCUGGCGACACUGACCAGACCUGCUUCUGACCAACAGAACCAAGAUGGAACAACAAGCAACGGCACCGCAGCAAGCGCCACGCAGCAAGAGACCCAGAGAGAGUCCCUCCUCCGGGCGAGGCGCAACACCUUCAAGACUCUCUUGUUGGUCUUUGUGGUUUUUGUCCUGUGCUGGCUUCCCCAUUCCACCAUCUUCCUGGUUUUUGACUUAGGAGGUGGUGUUCAUUUCAGUCCUGUGCUGUUCUUUUUCGGAGCUGUUACCCUCUCGGCAAAUGUUUGCGUCAACCCGUUCAUCUACGCCGUCAAAUAUAAACAGUUCAGGGCCGGAUUCCGUAAAAUUUUCGGUCUUCGUCCCGCGGCCAUCAACUUGCUCGGGUCUCAGGUCAUGGCCAGACAGAGCCAAAUGCCAGCUCCCCCUGUCCCAGUUCCUGGUGGUAUAGCCGGCUACCUACUCUGCAAGAUAGACAAUGGAUACGCAAUCCUGCAGUGGUCGUUGUUCACGGUAUCGACGAACAACUUGAUGGCAGUCGCCUUGGAGCCCUGGAUUGCCAUCAACAACUAUCACGGUGGCAAAUGCGCUCAGAACACCAGCUUGGGCGUCUUGGGCGUAGCCAUAGCCAUGCUGAACUUCUUCAUCUCUUUGCUAGUGAUGUGGGCGUCUUACUCGCAUAUUACCGUCGUCCUCAAGAGAAGCGCUGACCGAGUGGCUCUCAGUCUGGCUAUACGCUGA